AUGACCCACAAAGCAAAUAUGCCGCCAAUGAUGGAUAAGGCAUCGUCGUUGAUGAAGAUGCUUCAAGCGUCAUCGUCGACAAAGAUACCCGACGACGAGAGCGAUGACGAUAGUUUCGGCGAGUGCUUUGGCCCCAGCUCGCCUGAACUUUUCGACGAUCAGGGACCUUAUGAAUGCGGCCCUUAUGAGGACGAGGGUGAUCAAUUCGGUGAUGGUUCCCAAGACCCCGGAGAGAACGAUGACGACGACAGCGACUCUGAAGAAUAUUCGUCAUCCGAAGAGAGUGAUUCGGAGGAGGGAUCUUCGUCUGACGAGAGUGAUUUGGAGGAGGAAUCUUCGUCUGACGAGAGUGAUUCGGAGGAGUUUUCCUCCAAAGAGACUGAUCCGAAGGACGAUGAGCUGAGCAAUAUUGGCCUGAAAAACCACUCUACCCGGCGUGUCGCUGGCUAG